AUGCGCUACGGACGUUCCGAGCUACUGAUCGAAUCACUAGCAGAAAGGGUGAGAACCGCACCUUCGCCAAAGGUAGACAAGCUGGAAAUGAUAAUCGAGUUUGGUACUAUGGUGCAGGCACUUUGCGAUCAUAUUAUCGCUGCACAUCUAUACGACCAUCUUGCGAACCCCACUUUGCUGAAAGAUUUGGUGGAGAAACUACCUGCCGAGUAUCGAAUGAGGUGGGCUGGACAUCGUAGACAGCAAAGGGAGGUAAAUUUGAAGACCUUCAGCGAUUUCAUGGAGGAGAUCGUCAGCGAUGCCUACAGCGUGUCGAACGUAGCCACUACUUUCGAACGAUACAGCAAACAGGAUCGCCCGAAGCCACGAGAUCGGAAUUUAAUUCACACUGAAGCGGGGAAGGUGGAUUGCUUGGUGUGUAAAAGAGAAGGACAUCGCGUAAAGGAUUGCAAAAUAUUCUCCGCCUUACCGGUCGACGACCGCUGGAAGAAGGUGCAAAGUUUGCCAUUGUGCCGAACCUGCUUGUCGAAUCACGGGCGAAGAGCGUGCCGCAGUACGAAACACUACGAAGGAUCAUCCGUAACCAUGAUCGAAAGCAGUUUGGCAAAGGAAUUGGGCGUUACCGGGUACAAAAAGCCACUCUGCUUGAAGUGGACCGGUGACGUGACCAGGGAAGAACUUGACUCACAGCGCCUCUCGAUCCUCAUCUCCGGCUGCGGAAAUUCUAAACGGUACAGAAUUAACGACGUUCGCACAAUCCAAGCUUUGGAUCUUCCUAUGCAGAGUCUACCAAUCGACAAACUGAUGAAUAUUUACCCCCACCUCGCUGGACUUCCUGUUCGAGGUUAUCACAACGCAGUUCCCAAAUUGCUCAUCGGUGUCGAUAAUCUGCGACUGGCGCUUCCGUUAAAAACUCGGGAAGGUGUUACGGGUGGCCCUACGGCCGUCAAGACACGGUUAGGCUGGUGUGUCUACGGAGGUCAGCGUACUCAAGAAUUUCCAGAAUACAGCUAUCACAUCUGUGAGUGUGGGGGAGAAGAGGCCUUUGACGAAGCCUUGAAGAAGUACUUUUCUUUUGAGGAGGCCGGAAUUAAACCAACGGGUGCGGUAAUGUCUGAAGAGGACAAACGAUGA